AUGGAAAAUUUUGUUUCCUUUUUCUCAAUUUUGUUACUUUUGCAUCUUUGUUCAUCGAAUGAAUACGAUGGGAAACCAUAUCAAAUAUUCGAACUUAAAAAAUUUCAAUGUGAUUUUCCUGAAAAUUACGUUUAUCCAAAUAAUUCGUGUUUUGUAAAGCCUGUUAAUAGAACAACUUACACGUUAAAUAUGUACGUGAAGUUUAUCAAACCAAUCAUGAAGGCAUUCCAACUAUUCACAUUGGAAUAUCGCUACAGUGUCAUGUACCGAGAAGUUUUUCGAUCUCCCAAGUUUGAGUACUGCAGCAUCAAAAACAACUCUAAUCCGGCAAUAAAAAGUCUUUUCGAAGUAUUACGAUAUGCAUCAAGCAGCAUGUUUGUAGAAUGUCCUAUUCAAAUAAUCGAAUAUAAGAAUGCAAUAAUUCCACUAAAUUACAUGCCGGAAAUAUUUCCAAGAGGAGAUUAUCGAAUGAAAGUUUUUCAUUUUGAUGGUUCUGACAAUUGGACUAUGAACGUCACCAUUAUUUCAGCACUCCGUUCAUCAGAUCACUCGCGUUUUGGAUGA